AUGCCCGGACCAACUAGAGAGUCAAACCUCUCUCGAUACCUCGUUGGGAUCAGUCUUCUGCUAGGCGUAGUAUUACUCUGGACAGCUUCGAAUUUCAUCACUGCAGGUUUGGAGACUGGAAAUAACAGCUACAACAAACCGUUCUUGAUAACAUACUUCAACACGGCAUCUUUCACUGUCUACCUCCUACCAACGAUAUGGCGUAAAUAUCGACCUUCAUCAUCGCACGAUACACAUCAUCGUAACUCCCCCGCAUCUCAUCAUUAUCUUCCUCUGCCAACCGAACGUCAACGGUCUCGUUCCCCUUCACGUACAAGGUCAAUCACAUCAUCACCUCGUGCAGCUCGCAUAUCCCUUGAUAUCGAACCUGUCAGCUCUUCGUCACCUGAAGAAAUCACAGUUGAGGUUUUGCCUAGAUUGACGAUCAGAGAAACGGCUGAAAUAGCCGCUUGGUGGAGUAUAGUCUGGUUCAUAGCGAACUGGGCUGUCAACGCUUCUCUGGCUUGGACGAGCGUCGCUAGUGUUACUAUAUUGAGUAGUACGAGUGGCUUUUUCACUCUAGCUCUUGGGAGAGUAUGUGGAGUCGAGUCUUUCACUCGUACCAAGGUAUUCGCAGUUAUAGCUAGUUUCAUCGGUGUCCUUUUGGUUACUCAAUCCGAUUCUUCCCUCACUGAAUCAUCUGAACCUACUUUACCUUCCCAUCCGAUAUUUGGUGAUUUUCUAGCGUUACUUUCAGCUGCUUUUUAUGCUGUAUAUGUUAUAUUACUCAAAGUCAGAGUAGUAGAUGAGGAAAGAGCCGAUAUGCAAUUGAUGUUAGGAUUCGCUGGAUUGUUCAACACGAUAGCGCUUAUACCGAUAUUUCCAAUACUACAUUAUACAGGAUGGGAGACAUUUCAACUUCCCCCAUCUAAAGAAGCGGUUAUAAUCUGUUUAAUCAACUUCUGCAUCACCUUAUCAAGCGAUUAUCUCUACGUUCUUGCAAUGCUUAAAACUACGCCAAUGUUGGUUACAAUUGGAUUAUCUCUCACUAUACCUCUAGCACUUAUAGGAUCACUAUUCAUUCCAUCAUCCUCAUCGGGUGCUAUCACGUAUCUAUCGUUGUCAGGGGCAGCUUUGGUUUUUGUAGGCUUCGCUAUGUUAGGUUGGCAAGGAUAUGAGGAAAAUCGUACUGCUCAAAGGGUCAUCAUAAGUCAGUCGAGAGAAGCCGACGAUGAGAGGGAUAGUCUCGAUGAUUGA